UGAGCAAGCCGCGCUCGUCUAGAUUGGCGGGCUCGAAUCGUAAGGCCAGCGAUUCGACUCGGAGGUGUUCAGCAUGUAUGGUGGACAGAUCAGAGCGAGAGCCUUGGUCACUCAAAGAGUCUGUAUGUUCGCUCCCACUCGCCGUACCGUAAUGCAAACGAGGUGCAGCUCUCCGUGCCUUUAUUGUGCCAAUGUGAUCAAGAGAGCUCUCUGUAGGUUGUUGAAGCACAGCGAGCGGCCCGAUCCCCGCUUGUCGAUAUCGAGACUGGUCUCGUUCCAUUUUUGCUGGUUCAACAGAUGAUAUAGACGUCAAUGUGUACCUGAAGGGCCUAGUACGAAGAAAGUUGAAUGUCUAUCCGGACAGCUGAAGACCCGUCGCAAGCCGACCUUGAAGGCGAUCGAGAUCUCGUUUAGGGACGAACUCACCGCACAUAAAUCCCAGCGGAAGGUGCAGCUCAUGGAAAGCGAUGCCGGACAAUGUCAAGACGUCCCUGCAUCAAGUGCACAUUUGACUCUGGAGACGUGACGGCCGUCGACUUGGCUACAUCCGCGCCGUACGGCCACUGAUGCGCUGCCAGUAUGUUCGACACGUCUCGUGAAGCUUUCCCCCUGCACCGAUCAACACUCUCGCAGCCAAAAAUCUGCUCUUUGACCAGGUCAGCUCGCCUCCAAGGCGAGCCUGCACCUCUUCUCCCCGACGGCACUGAUCGCACCAUGCACAACCUCAUUGUAAUCUCCGAGCUGCGCUGACCCGUAUGCGUACCACGACGGCUCGCUCAUGCGGCACACUGGGCGAAGCAAUUCCUUCGGGCACUCCCCGAUCCUGCGCACCUGAGGCAUGAUCUCCAAUGCAUUCGGCUCCUCACCAGACUUGUCGGAUAGGCAGGUGCCGCCGUAGCGCGAGGAAAAUAAGGCGGCGUGGGCAAGGGACUCGGGCUCAUGCCUAUACGAUGUCGACCGGCGGCCGUCAAUGGGUCAGACACCUCACGGUCGCGCUCGGCGAGGUGCACGCCUAUGGGUUUGUUGCAACGAGGAGCAACCUCAUGCUCACGCCUGAGGCAAAGUCUGCUCUACAGAGAGCAGACGAGGUCGUCAUUAACGACGGCCUCCCGAGUGUGACACCGAAUACUUAAGUAUCACGCAUGACAGGGCGGCAGGCUACUAGACAAAGCGCGCUCAUGGUGCUUCCUCAUGGUACCGCCGCUAUGGGCUGCCGGUAAUAAUACAAUGCCACUGGGGCUGUCAUAUCAAUAUUUCGUGGUCUAAUGAAUAACUUGCACGAAC